GUGGAAAAGAAACUCACAGAAAUAGUAGCAAAAUCCAUCUGGAGUGGGAACACCCACCUGCAGGUGAGCAGGGAGACCUUGCACCUACCAACACGUGAAGGAAGUCUUAACCUUCUGGACAUAUGGGCACAGAAUGAAGCAAUAGACCUCAUGUGGUUGUUGAAGGUGUACCUUACUAUCAUGGACAUUCAAGCACCGUGGGCAAUGAUCACAGACAUGCUCCUUGCCAAUGCAGUAGUGUCUGAAUGGACAGGUGUUGAUCUGUGUGCUCGUGUGAACACUUUCCUGCAGACAUGGAAGAUCAGUAGUACACAACACUCUACAGGCCUCCCAUGCAACCUGAAAUGUAUGAUACAGGCCAUAGCGAAUUUUGGGGUUCAUUGCAAGCUUUGA